AUGGCUCAAGGGAAGAUAAAGCUCAAGUCCAAAGCUCCUGCCAGAGUCACCAAGAAACAGACUAACCCAAAGGGUGCCGCUCCUAGGAUCAUCAAGCCUAAGAAGUCUGUAGCCAAGCUGGCCCAAAAGUUAGCUAAGGUCCAUCUGAGUCAGUUGAUGUCUUCGACUGAAAAGUUGAUUGCCAGCAGAGUUGGUCAUUUGGAAUUGAUCAAGGGAUCGCAAAGGGAAGCUAAAGAAGAACAAACUUCGAACGAAAGAAGUACGGAUACUCGAAGCACUUCUGAUUCUACUAAAAUUGGACUUAAAAGAGCGUCUACUGGCAGAGAUAAAGAUACUAAACCCACUAUUAUUCGUGAAGACUAUGCGGGAGAGCCUGUUAGUUGCAUUCCCAAACUCAUAGCAUUAGAUCCUGAUCUCGUACGUGAGCAGGAAAGAAAGAAACGUAAACUUAGACAGAGUCUACAAUAG